CAGCAACAACAUUCAAGCCAGAACCUUCCUCUAGCUAUGCUGACCCAAUACGUUCUCGUUCUCACGGCCCUGGCUAGUCCAGUCCUGUGCCGAACCGUACACAGCGUCCUCGUCUUCAGCCGUCAUGGCGACCGAACUUCCAAAGUAUUUCCCAACUACCAAAUGACCUCUCUCGGAGCACAACAAUGCUACAAUUCCGGCACCUUCUACCGCAAUCUCUACAUCUCCUCCAACUCAACCUCCCAAAUCCGCGACAUUUCCCCCAACCAAGUCGAUCACACUCAAAUCUGGUCCUCGGCGCCCGAUCAACCAGUCCUGUAUCAAACCGCAGAGAAUUUCCUCCAAGGACUUUAUCCUCCUCUGAGCACACUGUCGUCAUCUGAAGCGAACAGCGACGCUCCUCUGGACGGCUACCAAUAUGUUCAUAUUCAUGGCGAAGCAGACAAUGCUCCGGAUAUGAUUUGGUUGAAAGGCGACGAUGAGUGUCCUGCUUACACAGCUGCUUCGAGGACGUAUCGUGAUUCGGAAGAAUACAAAGCUACGCUGGGAAAUACAAGAGACUUCUACGCGCAGUUUGAGGAUCUUUUGGGGCCGAUUCUAGGAAGGGAGAAUGUUUCUUACGCGAAGGCAUAUGAUGUUUUCGAUCUGUUGAAUACAGCGAAGACUCAGAACAUCAGUAGUGGUGUUGCGGAUCAGAUCUCGGAAGACAAUUUGGCGAGGGCGAAGUGGUUGGCUGAUGAGUGGGAGUGGAACAUGAAUUACUCCCCUUCGCAACCGCUUCGUUCGAUCAGUGGUUCCACUCUCCUUGGCGGUAUCCUCCGCCAGCUCACAUCCGUCAUUGAAGAUAAUGCUGCUACGAAAUUCUCGCUCAUGACAGGUUCCUACGACACUUUUCUUGCGUUCUUCGGCCUCACGGAGCUUCCGUCUCAAAGUCCAGAUUUCCGAGGACUACCAGAUUAUGCUGCCUCGAUGGCGUUUGAGCUGUACUCCGAAGCAGACGAUGCAGAGCUUCCAGAGCGUGGCACUGUUGACCAAGAUUUGAGAGUGAGAUUUCUGUUCCGCAACGGGACAGAUGAGGGAGAUGAUCUGACAAGCUGGACACUUGGAGGCCUGGAAGGUGUGGAUGAUGUGGGUGGGAUGAGAUUUGGUGAAUUCAAGGAGAUGAUGGAAGAGAAAGCGGUUCUGAGUGUGGGAGAUUGGUGUCAAACAUGUGGGAGUUUGGCGGAGUUCUGUGUUGCUGCUAAUGCUACAAUUGAGACGCAGCAGCAGGAACAAGCGACUGGAGGGGAUUCUGGAAGGGGUGGGCUGUCAGCUGCCGCUGCGGGAGGCAUCGGUGCUGGGGUCACAUUGGCCGUUGUUGGACUUGUGGCUCUGCUGAUUUGGGCUUUGAUGUCCCGCCGGCAAAGACGUUCUUCUGCUGCUGCGACGUCCGGUCAUGCGAGUGCGAAGAGAGUCGAUAGUGUCUCGACGAGCAAGGGUGGCAGUGAUAGCGACAGCGUGUAG